AACACGCGAGGGUUUCUCCAGUCGUCUUCUUCAUCUGAAUUUCAUUUUCAUUUUCAGUCGAAAUCGCCCACCCAAAGCAAUCGAUGUCUUCAACAAUUCGUCAGCUCUCGUGUUUCUCUUCAAUCAACCGUUAUCUGCACCUACAGAAGCGUCCAGUUUCUUCUGUAGCUAUUCGUUCCAAGUUACCAGUUGUUAUGAGCCUUGAAGGACAUGGCACUGAAACUUCCAGUUCAGAGAUUAAGGCUACUUCGAGUUAUGCAGCUGACACAUCAAAAUUGCCUAUUGAAGGGACAGCGAAGUCAUAUCAAUCUAUAAAAAAUGAUGCUGAACAAAUGGGGAUGACUGAGCCAGUACAGGAAUAUGGAGUAACCCAACAAAAAAGGACAGCAAAAAUCCACGAUUUUUGUUUUGGGAUUCCCUAUGGUGGGCUUGUUCUGAGUGGCAGUUUUGUUGGUUUUAUUUUCUCAAAAAAUCCUACAGCUCUAAGCACUGGCGUGCUCUUUGGUGGUGCUCUGCUAGCCCUCAGCACCCUUAGCUUAAAGAUCUGGAGGCAAGGAAAAUCCAGCUUACCAUUCGUACUAGGGCAAGCAGUACUCUCAGCAGCUCUUUUAUGGAAGAACUUCCAGACCUACUCAUUGACAAAGAAACUGUUUCCAACUGGGUUUUUUGCCAUCAUUAGUGCUGCAAUGCUGUGCUUUUAUUCAUAUGUAAUGAUCUCUGGAGGAAAUCCACCACCGAAGAAGUUGAAGGCAACUGAACGCCACUCAUCAUGAUGAUAAUCUGUUAAAGGUGAGCUAUAAGCUGAGCAUGUAGUCUAUGGAAUUGGGUUACUAUUUGUGAGAAGUGCUGUUGCUUAGGUGAAAAACUCUGAAAGAACCUCUGUUGAUAGAGCCACAGUUGAGAAAAUAAGUGCUUUAGAUGGUUAUAGUCAUAAUAACCAUCUAAUGAUAUCAAAUUUUGAUAGGAAACUCAAACAUGAGAAACAAAAAAUUUACCCCCAUGUUCAUUUCAACACGUCCUCAACUGUGUUGAUCUGUUAUUAGUAUUUCUUUAGAUGGGAAUUGCAAGUAGUAGGAUGUUUUUUGUGACUGUAUAUCGUUAUGCCACUUGAAUUCAGAUUUUAAUUUAUGGAUUAUAGUGGACUAGAUACUAUUUUGUUCUUUUCAGCAAAA